GGCGAGGUCUUCAUGUGCCGGGCGCUCGGUCCCCCUUGUGGUCGAAGAGUGAGAGACGGUCGCUCGCUCCCCCGCUCCCAGGCUCGCUGGCUCUCGUUCCGUUCCUUCGCCUUCUUCCCAUUCUUCAACGAGAGAGAGAUCUCACUCGCUUUCCUUUUCGAGUGGAGAUCGCGACUGCAGAUCCGAUCCCAUGUCCCGUGCUUUCCUUCCAGGACGAAGCAGGAGGCUGGCGCUGGUGCUGCAGGCGUGGGCAUAAGAGCGCAGGCAAUUUGGCUGCCGAGGACACGCGCGACUUCCUUCCGUUGUUGUUGUGGCGGGUCGGUCGCUGAGUGAGCUGCGACUGAUGCGGAUCGGCUCGGUGUGCAAUUCGCCCUUAGGUUGUGUAGAUAUCGGCGUCGAGGUCGAGGUCGAAUUGCUUCCCCCCGUCGUCGGGUCGGGGAAUCAAAGGAGGAAGGAAGCGACGAGGGAGAGGAGGUCGGCGUCGUCCAUCCUGCCGAUCCGGAUUUGCGAGAGAGGGAACGAGGGAGUCGGACGGGCUGAGAGAGAAUUGUCUGACCCCGUCAGUGCUCUUCACGGAGGAGGUGGUGUCGGUUGCUCGGCUCGGGUGUAGAUUUUUGGAUCCCGACGAGCGUUCGUGUGGGGCCGUAAGGUUCUGUUUCCUUGUUUCGCCGGCCAAUUCGUGCCUCGAUCGAUUGACGGUGGAUGGGCGGAAGGCAAGUUGCGGCUUCGUGAUUUCGUGGUUUCGUGACGGGCUCUGGACUCUCCAGUAAGCAACCGGGGAAGAGAUUCUUUGCCACGGAAGGAUCGCGACGGUGAAGAAUUCUGAUGGUGGAUAGCCGGAGCUUCAGCCUUGUAUCAGUCUGCAGGGCUUUGGAGCGCAAUAUGGCUAACUCCCUGACUUUGACAGAUGGUAGCCCGCAGCAUAGACACCACAAACAUUCUCCUAACCACCGCUCCAAGGAACAUGUCCUGUCCCAUUCGGUGUCCCCACCUCUAUGCGAUCAGUCGUCUGCUGCCGCUGUCGAUAUCAUAAUUCUGCUUCUCGUGUUGGGUGCUUGCGGAAUCCUCUUCACUCCCUACUUCAAGUAUGUGGCACACGAAGCUGCCGAAGUGCUGCCAGCGACUUUUCUUAUUAUUGGAGAAGUUGUUUAUCAAGCACCCAUUGCAUAUGCAUCUGGAGCCAUCAUCAUGUUCAUCUCUUUGAUCGGAGCUUGGGAAAUCUACCAGUACAAGUCCAGGAGGUGUGACAACCCCCACUGCAGGGGCCUCCGGAAGGCCAUGGAGCUGGAUAUUCAGCUGCAGACCGAGCAGUGUGUGAAAUCCGGACCUCCCGUGGCCGAGGAGCUGCCAUGGAACGAGGGAGUGGAGAUUGGACAAGAUCAGAAGGAGCUCGAGGCUGAAUUGAGGCGCAUGGCUCCUCCGAAUGGCAGGGCGGUCUUGAUCUUUCGAGCUCCCUGCGGGUGCCCAGCUGCUCGUUUCGAAGCAUGGGGCUCCUCCAAAAAAGGGCGAAGAUCGAAGAAGUGAGAAUCAGCUGCGAGGUUACGACAGUUGCCUGUCGGAAGGCGCAUCUUAGCAGCAGUUUUGACGUUCAACUUAUUGCAUGUUCCUGGGCGUCUGUAACACGCGAUUCUCUGUGUGCUGCAAGACACCGCGUUCGAUCACAAGGACAUUGUUGAGAGUUUUUUCUACGUCAGCGAAGUCGAGACAAGUGACGGUGUUUACUUUCGGCAUGAACGAUUCGGACGAUCCAGGUUGUCCUCCAUGACAAUUGUACGAUGGUCUUAUUUCUCCGAACUCUCCAUAAUUUGUAAUUACCGAGUGCCAUCCGCAGAAUCUGCUGUCUUCAUAUCUGAGAUCUCAAGGAUGUGUCACACUGGUGGCCCUGACCAGAUCUGCGUCCUCCCCGCAUUUCAUGCUUCCAUGCUUCUCUAUCGAUUUGCCGAGCUAGGACUGGUCGAGAUGAGUACUGUCCUCUCUUCUGCUGUAGAAAGCAAGCAGGCAGGGAGCCCAGGGGUUCUGAUGCGCGUGACACUUUAUGAACAUAUAAUUUUGCAAACUUUUUUCUGCGACAUGUCUACAGAUCACAACGCGACACUGCUCUUCAGCGUGUGUUCCUUGGAACUCAUCGAAAUGCCGAUUUGAGUGGAUAUAGGGGAAACGAAGAUUUCGUUUCGUCACAAUGCCCUCACGCUCCAGUGGCGAAGUUGCCAAUAUGUUCGAAUAGCUAUCCCCCUCGUACAACACACAUCUUAGAAGGCAAGUGUUCUUUCUUGAGCUGUCUGUUGAUCCUGGGCUGUGGCACCCGAGUAUUCUGCUGCUGUAAGCAGCUGUGUGGUCAGUGUGAGGGGGAGUUUAUGGUGAAUAUAUUCGAUUGUAUAUUCAUCAGACUGUGUUUGCGAAAGGUUCGGCGGAAGCAGAGCAGGCCAUAGAGUCUGCCAAGGUACAUACUGCUUCAUCGAAGUCACGGAAUAUCUUGAGCAUGGCGGAGAGAUACUUUUCCUGGCUGUUGAAGUGCCCUUAGGCAUGUCAAAAUCACCAACUUUCUCGGAUCCCGCUUAUUACUCGAGCAGGAUAUAAGCCAGAAGGAAUUUUGGUUUUGUACAUGCUCUGCCCCAUAGAUCUUUUAGCUAGUAUAUAGUAUAUGGACAUACUGCUCCGUCCUCGUGACUUCACUAUAAAUGAGCUGAUUGAUUAUAAAACAGGUCUGUUGCCCUGGAGCUCAGUAAAUACAUGUGAUUGUACAGAGAUAUACAUUUUCUUGCAAGAAGAGGAAAUCCUCUCGGCUGUCUCAACAGCUGCUCUGCCGAAGGCACUGUCAACGCGUAGACUUUAUCAUCAUGUAUAUUCACAUCUCUUUAUCAUCCAAGUUUGCUGAAAGU